AUGUCUGGCCAAAAGCCAAACUCUUCAAGUUGGACCUUAAAGGAUAAGAAAGACGUUAUUGAAGUCAAAGUUAUUGGACAAGAUAGAAGUGAGUUACACGUCAAAGUGAAAAUGACAACCCAGCUCAGGAAACUCAAAGACUCAUACAACCAAAGACAGGGCUUCUCGGUGAAUUCCCUGAAGUUUCUCUUCGAAGGCCAGAGGAUUGCUGAUAACCACACUCCAAAAGAGCUAGGGAUGGAGGAGGAGGAUGUGAUUGAAGUUUACCGUGAACAAACCGGAGGCGGGCCUGAGGGAUGUCAUUCAACAGCUUAG